UUGGAGAGGUACAGGCAGGAGUUGAGAACAGCAGUAGUCUGAUAAUAACUUGAAUGAGUGCUAGUGGGAGCAUGCAAUGAUACUGCUCUCGCUAUGCUCGGGACUGAAUCAAUACCUGUAAGAUCCACGGGGCUGUGUUCCUACAGAGAUACUUAAAGGUCAGUGAUCUUGGUUUUAGUGGACUGUUAUGAAAAUUUCUCGGAAGCAAAAACAAUCUGACCUGCUUAAAGGACCUUAUCCAAAAUGCAGAGGUGAAACCCAAGCUACAAUACAUUGUCUCCAAUCCUUCCUUUUCUAUGGUAACAGUUCCAAGUGAAGAUAGUGGAAUAACUUGGGAAACCAGCUCAAGCAGAUGUUCUGCUCCCUGGGCCUCUGAAGCUAGUACUACUUCUUAUCUUUAUAGUCUGGAACGUUCAUCUGUAGAUUCUCCUCCUGGGAAAGUUAUCUUUAUCAUGGAUGAAGGUAAGACUGUCCAGAAAAAGAUAUGUAGAUCAUCCGAUAGGACACUGUUGCGUUCAAACCUGAAGGAAGGCCAGGGUAGUAAAAAGCAUGACUUCUCUGGAAUGCAAGACUUAAGUGUUACCCCAGUAAAUGAUACAGAGUUAAGUGGUGCUGAACCAGAAGCAAAAGCUAUGGAAGUAGAAACUUCAAAAGAUACAGAAGAUCCAGUAAACAUUACAGAGGAACCAACCCCACUCCUCUCAAAGUCAAUGGGCAAAGAACAUAAACAGAAGAAGGGAGGGCCAGACCCUGGAGGAUCAGUAUGGGCUAGAAUUCAAAAGUUCAAUUUGAUUACAGAAGAAGCAACACCCCCAAAACUGUUCCGAAAGACACGUAGUAAAGAUCCACCCAUACUAUCAGAUACAAAAAGGGAGCAAAGACAGCAGAAGGGAUUCUUAAAACAAAGCCUUUCUUCCCCCUCUUCAGUGACUCUUGAAAAAGCUUCUGCUGCUAGGAAAGAUGCUUCACUUCCCAAUAUAAAACGUGGCCAACUGACUCCUGGAUCUAAGAAGUUUUCAAACUCUAGUGUUCCUCUUGACAAUCCUGUGGAAAAAGAAACAGAGUCUCCAACUAAGACUUCAAGUGAGACAUCAGAGCAGUCACAGUCCAUUUCACCCUGCCUUACAGAUGAAGGGGAUAAGCAGGAAGUUCCCACAUGUUCACCUACAGCCAUAAACUCAGUAUUAGAACCAUCAGUGCCUGUUCCAUUAGAUCCUACUGAUAAAGCUGAGAAACAAGAAAUGCGGCCAGCUCCAGUUGAGACUAUAAUUGAGACGUCAGACCAGUCACUACCUGUUACAUCAUGCCUAAUUGAUGAAGUAGGGCAGCAAGAAAUUCAGCCUUAUUCAUUCAUGACCACAGAGCCCAUUUCAGCAGAAUCUGUAACUGAAUCAGAGCAGCAAACAACUCAAGCUUAUUCAUCUGUAGCUCCAGAAUAUGUGUCUGACCAUUCUGUUUCAUUACAUCUUGUGGAGGAGGCAGAAAAGCAAGAAAGUCAGUCUUACUCACCCAUGACUACACAGUCUGAGUCUGAACAUUCAGUUUUAUCUGAAACAAGAAAGCAGGAUGUUGAUCCUUAUUCAUCCACCACUGCAGAAUCAGAGCUGGAUCAUGCAGUUUUAUCCCGUUCUGUGGAUGAAGUGGAGAAGCAAGAAAUUCAGUUUUAUUCACCUCUGACUACACAAUUGGAGUGUGAACCUCCAGAUGUAUCAAAUUCUUCUGAUGAAACAGAGGAGCAAGAGACCACACAGUUGGAGUCUGGACAUUUAGAGAAGCAAGUUAUUCAGCCCCAUUCCCCUGUAAUUACUCAGUCAGUCUCUGAACAUCCAUAUUUAUCAGAUUCAAUUGAGGAAGCAGAGGAGCAAAAAAUUAAGUCUUAUUCCACUACAGCUGAGCAACUGGCAUCUGAACAGUUAGAUAGAUCAUGCCCUAUCGAUGAAAUGGAAAUACAAAAAAGUCAUUUUGCUUCACAGGUAACUUCAGGGCUCUGUGAGUAUUCCAAUUUAUCUGAUUCCUGUGGCAAAGAGGAGAGAGAAGAAACUGCCCAACUAGAGUCUAAACAUUUGGAGAUGCAAAAUUCGGGAUUCCAUUCUCCUGUAACUAAGCAACGGGAACUGGAUGUUCAAAAAUUAACAUGCCUCACUGAUGAAGCAGAGGAACAAGAAACCACACAAAUGGAGUCAGAACAGCCAAAUUUAGCACAUUCCAUGAAAAAAACAGAGUAUGGAGUUAUUCAGCCAUGUUUACCUAUAGCACAGUCAAAGUUUGAACAUUUAGACUUGGGUGAAACAGAGUUAGAAGAAGUUAAACCUUAUUUACCCAAAACUACAGCAAUGGAAGAUAAGCAAGAAGUCCAAGCUGAUUUAUUGAACACAAAAUAUUUGUCAGAACAGUUAAGUGCUCAUUCUCCAAGCCUCGUUGCUGAAAGUAUUCAGCAGCAAAUGCUGCCUGGUGAGCAGGAAAUGAUAAACCUGGUUUCAGAAGAGUCAAGUACAACUAUUAAGGAAGUGGGUGAACAAAAUAUUCCGUUUAAUUCACUUGCAAAUCCUGAUACAUGGCUGGAAGAGUCCAAGUCUUAUUCGCUUGGUUUCUUUGAUGAAGAAGAGAAACAAAAUAUUCCAUCAUCUUUGCCUGACCUAGUAAGCAUGUUGGUGCAGCAGUCAAAAAUCGCUUCAGUCAGUUGUAAUGAAGAAACAAACAGACAUGAAAUGGAGCCUUAUUCAGAUGGCACGGAAGAUGUGUCAUUGGAGCAAUCAACAGGUGGUUCACCAGACCUUCUUGAUGAAAGAGCGAUGCAAAAACAUCAGCCUUCUUCAGCUGAAGUGGACAGCUUUGCUUCAGCAGAGCCAAUAUCCACUUUACUUAGCCCUUUUAUUAAAACACAGAAUCUAGAAAUGCCAUCUUAUUCUGCAGAAGCAGAAGAAACCCAAUCUUCAUCGAAUGUAGAGGAAGCAUCAAAAGAAUCUGAACAUGGUCUGCAAAGGGAAGAGGAAUUAACACACCAUAUGAAGUCUGAAGUAGAAUGCAAGUGCGCUCCAGAACUUGACAGUCAAAAAGAUAUAUUUAAUAUAAUUUCAGAAGGUUACGAAAUAUUGAAUAUUCAUGUUCCCCCAGUCAUUUCUUCCGUUGAUCAAGAAGAAAGCAAACACAUGCCUGAUAAGCUGGAAUAUUUGGAAACAAAUACCUUAUUGAAAAGACAGCUAGUUGACUAUAGUGAUGAUACAGUUGCUGGCCAUGAAGCUUCAGUAUGUGGAACAACUACAGAAAUUUCAGAAAGCUCAGUGGCUAGUGACACUGGAAGUCAAAAUAAUGAACAAAAAGAACUGGUCAAAAAUGAAGAUGCUCCGGAAGCCAUAGAAACAAAAGAGGAAAUUUCAAAAAGGAUAGAAAAUAAUAGCGAGACUGCUUUGAAUCCUAAUAACAGUAGCAUUGAUAUGGAUUAUUUUGAAAAAUAUACUCGGAUUGAUGACAGAUCUCCUACUGAGUCAUCUCCUCAGGAACUACACUCAUUUCCUGCUGGAAUGGAAAGUCCUAAGGAACCAAUGGGAGAAGCUGUCUCUUUAAAUGAAAGAUCUGAUGUUAAUACUUUGGAAGAUGGUUAUUCCCUAUUUAAUUAUCUGGAUGAAGCCUUUUAUGGAACUGUGGAAGAAGACAACAAAAUACGGUCAUGUGCAGAUGUUCAGAAAUCUUUUCCUAAGCAAAAAUCCGUUGACAUUAGCAGUAAAAAAAUUGUAAAUGUAGAAGAUGAACGAAAGUCCACAGGCACACCCUUGUUUGAUACAGAAGAAGGAGUGUUAGAACGAUCCCUGUUAUUUCCCACAUCAGUCACCAUGAUAAACCCAGAGCUUUUAGAAGAGCCACCUGCUCUCUCAUUUUUAUACAAAGACCUGUAUGAAGAAGCAGUGGGAGAAAACAUAAAAGGUAACAAUGAACCUCCUUCCGAUGAAGAAAGUAUGAAUUCUGAUGCAUCGUUUCCUAGUAGGAAUUCUGACACAGAUGAUGGAACUGGAAUAUAUUUUGAAAAAUAUAUUCUUAUAGAUGAUAUUCCAAGUAAUAUGGCUGGGUUUCAGAAGGAGCAAAUUCCAAAAGAUCAGUCUAGUAGCAAAGAUAUUUCAAGCCAAAUGACAGUUUUAGAGGACAGAAGUGAGGGUGUUUGUGAGGCAGUUGAAAAGGAACCGCAAUCUGUUCACAUUUCAGUUGAAGAGUCUGCCAAAAUGUCAGAAGGAGAAAUAGUGGAGAGAGAGACAGAUGUAUUGAGAAAAGAAGAAGCCCAGAUUGUUAGUGAUAUUAAAGCAACAAUUUGUAAACCAACCUAUGCAAUUCCUUUUGGAAGCAAACUAAAUAUUUCAGAUGCUAGAAACGAUGUUACUCAUCAAAGAAGAGAAGAAGAAAAUACAUCUGCAGAAGCUAACCAGGAACUGUCAAGUCAAACAAGUCAUCAAGAGUCCAGUCAAGUAGUAGAUUCUGAGGAAAUUGCCCAUCAAGAUGAAGCAUCUGUGCUAAAUAAAUCAAAGGAAGUAACUUACCUGACAGAUGAGCAGAAAAAGCAACAUGAAAUAACAGUUCACAAAAUGGAUAAUGAUUUACCUCAUGGCAGAACACCAGCUGAGGGGAGUAAAGGCAAUCAGUAUGUCCAAGAAAAUCUCUCCCAUCUUGAAACUCUUCAACAAACAGAGAAACUAGAGAAAGAUGGAAUAAUUUCACAUUUAGAUAAGCAACUGCAUCCCACGACAAGGGAGGCACAUGCUUUAGAGUACAAUCACCUUGAAAAUAUGAACAAAAAAAAAGUCAGAGGAGAAAAUCUAAUAGGCACAGAUGAGCUGGCACACGAGCAAAGAGGCCAAAGAAAGGUUACAGAUGGUAUAGCACAGCAUGACCUAGGAAUAGCUAAGUGUGGACUUUCAGAACCAGGAGUAAGAUCUGAUUAUGUGUUAGGUGAAUCAGACACACAGCCCUUUCCUUGCAAUCUAGAUAACGUUCAGCCCAGUUCAGGAGCAAAGCAGUGCUUUGGUGCUUAUGAAGAUCUUGCUGAAUCAAUGGAUUAUGAAGUGAUUAACCAAGAAGAAUUGCAAGAUGAAUUGUCCUCUGAAUUGGCACAUGAAGAAUUAUUAUUUGAAGACAAGGAAUCUUCUGAGCAUAUUAGUGAUAGUUAUGAAUUUGUAAACGAGGCAGAGCAAGUUACACCCACUGACCGCGAAGAUUCAGGGUUUGUGAUGAUGGAGCCUGAACAAUCAUCAGCAGACAUACCUGCAAGUGAGAGUCCACAAAAAGACAUGAAGAAGGCCCAAAUUGAUACAUAUUGCUACCAGUGCAGAUGCCCUAUUUCUGCUAUUGACAAGCUUUUUGGGCAGCAUAAAGAGCAUGAUGUGACAUCACUAGACACUGCUGCAAAUGAGAUCAAGGAUCAAUUAGAUGAAUUUUUGGUGGCAUUACAAGAAAAGUCACUGAAAAUUGAGGAAUUUGUUAGUGAGAUAGAAUCCCUAUUUAAUUCUGUUGAGGAAAACUGUAAGAAAAGUGAACGGGUUUUAGAAGAUCAAAAUGAAGACAUGGUUAAGAAAGUGACAGCGCAAUAUGACGAGAAGUUAGAGAACUUUGAGGAGGUGAAGAAGAUGAAAAUGGAAUAUCUCUAUGAACAGAUGGUUAACUUUCAACAGAUUAUUGAUGCUGCCAAGGAGGCUUUGGGUACAACUGUAAGGGAAACUGAAGAACUUGAUGAGGCUAGUUUCCUAAAUUCAUCUAAAGAAAUGAAUAAAAGGUUGCUUUCUGCCAUGGAUAAUACUCUUUCUUUAGAAAAGAUGCCCAGUGCUUUUUCACUUUUUCAACAUUAUGCUGACAGUUCAGUACGAAGUGAUCAGAAGACCUUAAACCUCGUGCCUGUUCCACAGACUCCAAAAUUAAAACCUCAGGAACCAAACUCAGCUACUAGCACAUCCGUAGCAGUCUACUGGACUGUGAAUGAAGGAGACAUUGUUGACUACUUUCAGGUCUACUGCAUGGAGGAACCUCAAGCAAACAAAGAGGGAAGUGCCUUGGUGGAAGAAUACAGAGUUACAGUGAAGGAAAGUCACUGUAUCUUGGAAGACCUUGAGCCAGAUCGUUGUUAUAGUGUAUGGGUUAUGGCUGUGAACUACACAGGAUGUAGCUUACCCAGUGACAAAUACACUUUUAAAACUGCUCCCUCAACCCCAAUAAUAAAGGCAGAGGACUGCACCGUGUGUUGGGACACAGCCACCAUCCGAUGGAGUUCAGCCAACUCGGAAGCAACAGAGUCUUUCACGCUGGAAUACUGCAGACAGUAUUCCCCUGAAGGGGAGGGUCUUAGAUCUUUCGCUGGAAUAAGAAGGCCUGAACUGAAAGUUUACCUGCAACCCAAUGUGAAUUAUUUCUUCUAUGUGAGAGCUGCCAAUUCUUUUGGGACAAGUGAACAAAGUGAAGCUGCCCUCAUUUCAACUAAAGGAACUAGAUUUCACUUUCUCAGUGACACCGUUCAUCCUGCUUUGCAAGUGUUGUCUGAUGAAAUGGUGAUAUGCCUUCCCCAGAAAACUAAAUUCAUUGGAAUUCCAUCUGUGCUGGGUGAGCUGCUGCCUGCUCGGGGCCUCCAUUACUGGGAAACCACUACCAGCGCCUGCAGUAGCUACAGGAUUGGAAUCUCUUAUAGCUCCACACCCCAAGGCAGCAUCCUGGGCCUGAGUGACUCGUCUUGGUGCAUAUAUUGCUGUUCUGCUCACACAAGUUUCAUCUAUAAAUUCUUCCACAAUGGUAUAAUGAGUACCGUUCAUGUGACAGAACCACCAACCAGGGUUGGCAUUCUGCUGGAUUAUGAUGUUGGGAGACUUUUAUUCUUCAAUGCAGAGAGAGGACUUGUGCUGUUCUCCAUCAGGCACAAAUUUACCGAGGAUGCUCACCCUGCCUUUGUUCUGGAAAAGGCUGGAGUACUUAAUGUACACACUGGAAUGGAGCUGCCAGGGUUUGUGGAGCACAGCUAACCACUUGUUUUCAAACUGCCUGGAACACAAACAAUUAUUAGAUUUGGGGAGAGAGAGGGAGGGAAGAAAGGACAGGACCAGGUUGAGGGAUUUCUGUUUUUCUCUUAAUGAUAUUGUGCACACUUUCCUAUACUUCCCAUACUUGUAGUUAGCACUUGUAUACACAAAUGCCAUGACCACAAGAGUAUAAACUUCCUUUUGUGUAGUGUGUCAUUUGUAAUAUGAAUUGAGUCAUUUCAGGGAAAAAAAAAAGAUUAGUAUUAAACUUGAACAAUAGGGGUGGAGAGAAGUAAAUUCAGAAACAGGACCUACAGUCAUUACUAAACAGAAAAUAAUCAUGGUACUAGCUGAAUACUUUUAAGCCAGUGAUGGUCGUCUUUAUGAAAUAAGUGUGUCACUGAAAUGUCAAGUGACUUUUCAGCAAAAUGACAGCAACUGAACAUUUCUCAGGAAAUAAUAACUAAAAUCCAAGGCAAAUCAUUUCAAGACUUUGAAACUAUUUUUACAGUGGAAACGUUUAAUGGGUUAAUGCAUCUUGUGCUGAUAAAGGGAUAUUUCCCUUCAAAUAUUGAAACCAAGAAAAUGUUGAUUUUUAGCCAUUUGCAUUUCUGCUGAAUAGGUGGAAAACUGAAAAAUAACACAUAAUAUAAAUAGUGGGAUAAGAAGGCAAAGAGGUGUUUUAAUUUGGCCAAGCCAGCACAGUAAGGGAAGUAGAUAAACUCAGGUUUCCCUUGAUCAGUUUAGGUCAGAGAACUGUGUUUCAAUUCACUUUACAAAUUAUUGGGUGGCUUCUUCCACUGCUACUCCAGUGGCCAUAUUCAUUAGUGAUGGUGCCAGUGAAGCCACGGGAAUAUCAGGCAUGGAUUCACGUGAAGGGAGAGUAAGCAAUGUUGCCUACCCUUCUGGUUUCUACUGAAGGUGGCGUGUGUUUCCUCUAACAGGCUCCCUCCUGAUCUCAGUUAAACUACUAUGUCCUCCCUGGAAUUAGUGGAGUUCCACAUGUCUGAGAGGGGUUGCUUUUAAAGCUAGUAUUUAAAUGAAUUACAAUUAAGGCUUCUGCUUUUCCUGGUCACAGUAGGUAGUCUGCUACUGUUGUUUAAUUUGUUUAUCAUUUUAACAGCACUAUGCUAGAUGUUUCAGACCACCCUAGCGACACAUGCUUCAUGUCCCAGAGCCUUUAUUUUCUGCUUUUAGGAUAGACAUGAGUAGAGGUAACAAAUAAUAAGGGCUGAAUGGUACAAGGAAGGGUGAAGUGGGAUACUAAGAGCAAACAGUCAUAUAAUUUAAGCCUAUGCAUCUCUUUAUAGUUAAAAUACCUUACUUUUCUUUUAUUAUUAAAAAAAAGACUAGUACUGACUCAUUGAGGAUUGAAACUGAAGGAGGUCCAUAGGUUGUAUUGGCUUGAGGAAAAGAAUAUUUAAUGAGUAUAUGGGGGAUAGUGAGAAAAAGGCCUGGGAUGGUUUCAAGAGAAACCAUCAUUAAAGGGGCAUUAAAGAUAGGUUUAUUGUCAGAGCUGGAGAGGAGGAGGCUGAAGGCAGUUGGGUAUACUAUGGUACCGAAUCCUAAAUAGGGUAAGCGGUGGCAGGCUAAGAGGCUAGGUCAGAGAUGAGGCAGUGUGCAUCCCUAAAUCUCCCAGAAUUUCCAUGAUUCCACUGGAGGUUUGAACACAUGCAGAAAGCAGGGCUGGGCUUGAAACUGAAUCUAAGAAUCCCAGUUCUGGUAGUUUUUCCCAGUUUCUGGUGUCUCCAUUGUCCUAGUCUAUUUGCUGGUGCCUGCCUGCUGGUCGUCUGUGUGAAACUGCCUGCUGGUACCCAGUGUGGAACCAACUGAUUGACACUAACAGACUGUAUGGCCAAGCAGGCACUGGGAAUUGAGAUGAACUAGGAUGACAUGAACAUAUAUGUAUGGCUUUUUCAUCAGAGACUAAAACUUCCAGUAAGUUUGGUUUGUUUCCCAGGAAUAUUUAUGAGGAAAUAGUGGAUUAAAAUGGAAAGCCAAAGCCAAAAAAACCAUACAUUGUUAUACAGCUAGUUUUAUGUAAGUGCUUUUUAGACAAAUAUACCUCGUACAGAAAUAUUUCUGUUUCUGCAGGAGAACUACUACCGGAUAGUGCUUUGCUGACAUUUUUACAUAUACUUCUUUAAUGGUCAGCUUGAUCUCAGAUGCACACUUGCAUAAUACCAAGAAAUGGAAUGUAUUUAUAGGGCUUGAUACGUUUUCUGCCCAAAAUGUUUACCGCAUCAGAGUUUUGCCUCCUUUUUUCUGAAAAGCUGUACCUUUCAAAGGUCCCAGAGAGUGGCCUGAGGUUGACCCUGAGUGGUGUUUAGCUCUGUACUUUUAUUCUUGGUAUGCUCCUGUUGGAAAAAAGAAGAUCUGGAGCAUUUUUCCAGGGUAACAUAUUCCAAAACAUUUCUGUAAUAAUCAACCCAGAUGAUCCCAUUGCAUUCAUAGUAUAUCCAGAGCUGUCUGCUUGCCUCAGCCUUUAUAUAUAAAAUACAGUGUAAACAAUAGCUUUUUAAGCUGUGACUCUUCUUGGUAGAUAUGGGGCCAAAUUCUGCUUGAGUUAAAUCCGUUUAUACAAGAGCAGAAUUUAGCCGUAUGGAGUCAUAAAUUAAUAAAGUCUUUAUGCUCACCCACAUACUUGAUGAAAUCCCAACUUUACUGUAAUCAAUGACAGAACUCUGUUGACUUCACUGGGGCCAGAAUUUCACCAGUCUCCAUUUUUUUUUCUGUGACAGGUCUGAAUAAACGUAAUUCACUAAGGAAUUAAGUAUAAAGUGGUACAAAUCGGUAUUAUAAAAAUAUGUGAAAAAUAAUAUAUUUAUAAAAUUGUUUCAAAACAGUGUGUGACAGAAUAGUAAAUAUAUAUUGGAAAGGAGAAAUAGUGAAAAGUAUAUUUCAUUAAAAUAUAUUUUAAUUUGGCUUAUAUACAUUUUUCUUUGCAUCAGUCAGGAAAUAUCUAUGACAAGCAAGGAACAAAGUGUAUAUAUUUACUGCUCAUAUGGAUUUUGGAUAAGCUAUGAGGAGCUGAUCAGUUCAAAGGAUAUAUUUCUAAUGUAACACCAACAAUAGCAUAAGUAAGGUGAGGGCAGACAAGCUCCAUAUAUAGAAGUAGCUGUUAAACAGUAUCCUGAUACAUGGAUAUGACAAUCCUCAAAACCUUGAUUUGGUACAUUUCAUAGCAAAAAGUCAGAAGGACUGUAUUUUGUAUUUAAACUUACAUUAAAACAGUAAAAGCUCAGUUCUGCUCUUUGUUAAAAAAAACAAAAAUAGUACAGGAGAAGUCUUUCUGCACUUUUAAAGGCAGCAGAGUUUACACCAUUCAUUGCUCUGUCAGGUGUUUUUUUGGAUUCAGUCUCUACUUCUCACAGUUGGCAAUACUUUGUCCCUCCUCUAUGCUGAUAGGUUUUGAGUUAUAUAUCUUGUUUUCCAUAUGCUUUGGUCUGGCUCUGCAAGCUAGACUGAACUUCCUAGACACUCCCAUCAUUUAAUUUAGACCAGAUUAGAAAUUCAGAUUGCUGUUCAGAGACCUAACUGGGCCAUUCUGUGCCUUGGGCAGCAGUGGCGCACAGGGCACCAGCUGCAGCCAGACUAGUAGUACAGGCCAGGCCAGCAGCCUGGUGUCUGGUAUCUUUUGUGCCCCCCUCAAGUUGGUGCCCAGGGCUAGUGCUCCACUCACCUCCCCUUUCUUAUGGUACUGUUGGUGUUACAUUUGAAAUUUAUCAUUUGAACUACUCAGCUCCUCAUAGCUUAUCCAAAAUCCACAUGAGCAGUAAAUAUAUACACUUUGUCAUUAUAUAUAUAUACUAGCCAAUUGCCUGUCAAGAAUGAUGGGGGAAGGGGGAGAGAGCUUCGGGACAGAUCUGGGGCCAUUCACAGCCCCCACUCCUCUGCUUCGGGCCAGGGCCAGGGCGUUCCCCACGCCCGCCACUUUGGGCUGGGGCCAGGGCUGCUCCUCAGCUCCCCCUGCCACUUUGGGUCGGGGCCAGGGCCAUUCCCCACCUCCCUCCUGCUGCUUUGGGCUGGGGCUGGGGCCGGGGCUGGGGCCAGGGCCAUUUCCCCCCGCCCCCCACCACUUUGAACUGGGGUCAGGGCCACUCUGCACAACUGCUUGCAGCCAGGGCCAGGGCUGUUCCCAUUCCCGCCCUCUCCCCGCCCCACUGUUUUGGGUCAGGGUUGGGGCCAGGGCUGUUUCCCCCCUCCCCCCUGCUGCUUUGGGCCAGAGCCAGGGCCAGGGCCUGUGACUGCGUCGGCAUCCCCAGUGGCAGUGGGGUGCAGCCACCAGUAACCCCCACUCCCCUUCCUGCUCCUCUCCCUCCUCUGUUCCCCGCCACCUCCCCUCUCUUCUGGCUAUUGUGCGGGGGGGAGAGGGCUCCAGGCCCUGGCUCCAAGAAGCAGAUUGGGGGGGGGGGCAAGGCCAGUGCUGCUGGCCUCACCCCUCCACUCCAUCACCUCCCUUAUGGCAGCACUUCAGUCCCCAGCAUCCCCUCUGCCUCCAAGGAGCAGGGAAGGGUGGUGAGGCCAACUCCGCUGGCUUCGCCCCUCUCCCUUCUGGCCCCUCAGUCCCCACUGUCAUGGUGGUGCUCCGCUGUCUGCCCCUGUCUGUGUAAUGCACUCUGAUUGGCUGCCAAGACAGCCAAUCAGAGCAUGAAUAAAGCAUUACGGACAGACAAACAGACGUAGGCUUUUAUAAUAUUAGAAUAUAUCACUACUAAUCGCAGAGCUACACACACACACCUAUAUACCACUCCCAUCCAAAAAACCCCAAGAACCUAGUGCUUAUUAUAGUGCUAACAUACUUGAUUCUUUCAUUUAGUGAUACAUUAUAAUAGUGUGAAUUAUUUUGAUGCAUAAAGAUGAUAGUUUGGCUCAUAAAAGCUAAGACAUUUAUACAAAUGCUAAUAAGUUUAUGUAAUCUGUGUACACAGUCUGUUUAUCAUUCCAUACUUAUAUUUGCACAGGUGCACUUAAGAGUUAGGACAAAGCAGCAAUAAAAUAAUUAGGGAGGCUGAAAAUAUCACAGGGUAUAUUUUUGUCUUGAGGUGUGAGGAUCUGCAACUUCAGCUGCUAAUGGCACUAAUUAAUAUUUAGCUGGAUCCAAAACCCAUUGAAUUCAACAGAAAGACUUCUAUUAGCCUCAGUGGGUUUUGGAUUAGGCUCAUAAAUCCUUGUAUGCUGAAGUGAGAAUAUAUGCAUGUCUAUAAGAAAGGAUCAUUAAUUUCUACUGUCAAAACACUGCUGAACUGGAAUUUUACUAGUAUAGAUAGUAUUGAUCUGCAAAUCUCACUUAGACCUUUUUGUUCCAGAAAAAAAGCUUAAUGCUUCAGUUCAGUGUCAGCUUGUAAUAGUAUAUAGUUAGUGGGAUCUGCCAUUAUGUGUGUAUACUGCAGAACAUGUUGGGGGGUGGGGUGUAUGUGUAUAACUUGCCUUUUCCAGCCAGCACUUUUUAAAGAAAAACAUCAUUUAAGUUUACAUUUCAUGGUAAACUUAAAUUUCUAGUGAGACUUUACAUUGGAGAUAUAGAAUUGAAGCAGCAAAACAAAACAAAAAUACCCUUUAAUGAUUAUUGGAUAUGAUAAUGGUAUCAGUCACCAAACCUGUUACACAACAGGUAACAGGAAAACAACAAAGUACAUCCCUAAUAGGCUGAUGCUAAAUCCACAUUAUAUGAUACUUUCUGUGGUAUAUAAGUGAGCUAUACAUUGUUAUCGUAGAAUCAGCAUGUGUUUUAAAAAUAUACAAGCAUGAAUUUCAGAUUAAUGUGAAGUUAUAUCCAUUUGGAAUUUCCCCUUCCAAAAUUGUUAACAAAUUGGAACUUCAGACAAAUUAAUUUGGCUUUUAAAACCAGUAAUAUUUAAUAUCACAGAUUCCUCUCUUUUGAUAUCCAAAAGAAUCUGGAUACAGGAAUUCCUGUUGAUCUGCGGAGGAGCUAAGUGUUAUCAGAUUGUUUACAUAACCUGUAAGGAGAAGUAAUAGCCCCCGUCUGUCUUUAACUGUGUUGUGCCAAAGGGUCUGUAAAAUUUCAGUGUAAAAACAGGAGUAUUUUUGCCAUGUUCUGCAAAGUGGAAGGUAUGAUCAGGAGCAUGACCUCCGCCCAAACAGAAGAACUGUUGCAAAGUAUUAUGUCUUCGGGUAAAAAUGUUUAAUAUAAAGUAUGGUUCUCCUCUGAAAACAUCCAUUGAAGACCAGGGCAUUGCAUAGACUAAGUUAGGGCCAUGAUAUGCCCUGCAAAGCCUCUGCUUCAGGUGUUAUACCCUGGGAAAAUAAAGGAGCUCAUAUGACUUUCAGGCCUUUGUUGCAUUUGCGAGGCUGAUAAUGAGGAAAAUCAAUUUUUCACUUGUAAGCAAAGCAUAUUUUAUCUAGUCCAAUCUUAUGAGGUGGGAGGAACCCUCCUGCAAGAUAUUUUGCAGGCCCUGAUUAUAAGACAUGGUGUCUACACAUUCAUUAAUGUGCUUUAGUUAAUGCACAUUAAAUCUAGUACGUCCAUUGUGAGGGUAUGUCUACAUGUUCAGUAAUAUGCUUUAGGUAAUGUGCG